GACCUGCCACUUAGAUUUCAGGUCCUUUAAUGGCACUUGAUGUGGUCCCAACCGCUUUAACGGCUCCUAUAGUGGUUUGUGUCACUCUUAACCUUGUUUUCACAAGAUUUUCUUUCUUUUUGAUGUUCUCAAAGAUCCAAAAUAGGUGAAGUAAAGAACUCUUUGGACUUUAUGCAACUCCACGGUCUCUUCACUCUUUCAGCUGAAUUAAAGAAACACUGAUUCAUCAUGUCUCUCGCUUUAGGGCUCAGUCCCUUUCUUUCACCACCACAAAGCCAUCUGAAAUUCACCUUCAAACCCCAGCCAUCCAGAUCCACAAUUUCUUCGCCAUCAAAAUUAUGUUAUCUGCCUAUAGUCAAGUCUGUCCGUGAGAAUUCUGAGCAGUUCCCUGUCGCUCCGCUAAAGCCCAGAUGGGAAAAUAUGUUAUCGACCGCUGCAAGCUUUUACCCUUUGUAUGUGACAGUUGGUGGCGCUGUGGCUUGUUUGAAACCAUCUGCUUUUGCGUGGUUUGUGAAGAGAGGACCUGCUUCAUAUAGCUUGUCACUUGGGCUGAUUAUGUUAGCUAUGGGUCUUACUUUGGAACUCAAGGACUUGCUCAAUUUGUUCAUCCAAAGACCUCUCUCUAUUCUAUUUGGAUGUGUUGCUCAGUACACAAUUAUGCCAACUUUUGGGAUGGUUAUUAGCAAAACUUUGGGGCUUUCACCAUCUCUUUCUGUUGGUUUGAUUUUACUUGCUUGUUGCCCUGGAGGUGCUGCAUCGAAUGUGGUGACCUUUAUUGCUCGAGGGGAUGUUCCACUAUCAACUGUAUUGACUGUCUGCACUACUCUUGGAGCAGUAAUUCUUACUCCUCUUUUGACUAUGAUUCUGGCAGGAACUUAUGUUCCUGUGGAUGCUUUUGGGCUUUCUAUCAGCACCCUGCAGGUGGUUGUGGCUCCAGUUCUGCUAGGUUCUUAUAUACAGAGCUCAUUUCCUUUUGUGGUGAAAAUUGUUACACCAUUUGCCCCAUUAUUUGCUGUUUUAGCUUCAUCACUACUUGCAUGCAGUGUUUUCUCAGAAAAUGUUGUCCGUUUGAAGUCCUCAAUGGUUAAUGCAUCAUUGGCUUCUGAUGCCUCUUUAAUUGAUCGCCUCCACUCAAUAUUCUCUGGAGAGCUGGGUGUUGUAAUACUUUCUGUGCUGUUGUUACAUUUUGUUGGUUUCUUUGUGGGGUACUUAUCAGCAGCUAUUUUUAGAUUCAGAGAACCAGAGCGGCGAGCAAUAUCCAUUGAGGUUGGCAUGCAAAAUUCUUCCUUGGGCGUGGUAUUGGCAACAUCCCAUUUCACCUCUUCCAUGGUAGCAUUACCCGCAGCCAUGUCUGCAGUGAUUAUGAAUAUAAUGGGUAGCAGUUUGGGCUUCUUUUGGAGACAUUUUAAAUCUACUGAUGCUAUAACUAGUGAUCAAGAUCUUGGUGAUGAAAAGUGAGGAUGAAGAAAUUCACUUUUCCUUUUCCUUUUUGUUUGUCACCCGGUAAGCUUCAUUCAUUGGAAUUUAUUUUCAAAGCUGUUGUCUCUAGCCACAAGAUCCAUUAAACUUUUUGCAUGGUUUUUCUAUUAAUGUAACUCUUGCUUUCU